CAGCUCCUGAACACCCGCUCCGAGCGCAACCGUGGGGACGGUGCCCAGCCACACACACCGAGCAACGCCCGCAACCGUCGUGCCUCCCGGCUAAAUCCGGCACCCCAUCGCCGCCUUUUAAAGCGCGCGCCGCCGCGCCUCUCGUCCCUCUCGCCUGACUCCAGCGAAAAGGAAAAGCUCCUGCACGUACCCCACGUUCGUGCCGCCUCCACACCACCCGCCGUCUACAGCAUAACCAGCACGGUCAUGGCGCGCGUGUCCCUGAUGAUGCUCGCCGCCGUGGUGCUCGCGUGCGCGCUGCUCGCCACCAGGCAUGCGGACGCCGCCGGGGCCGGGGCCGGCGCGGCGGCCCCCGCCCCCGGCGGCUUCGCGUGCAACCCGCUCAAGGACAAGACGUGCAAGCUGGGGGAACCCAAGGCGCCGGAGGACACGGAGGAGGAGGGCGGGCUCGGCACGAAGCUGCCGUCCCUGACGUCGGUCCCCAUCCCGGGCGGCGGCAAGGUCGACCGCGACGGCGAUGGAGACACCGACGAGGACGACGAGCUGCCGUCGUUCGACACCCACAUGACCAUCCUCGGCCACUGAGAGGAGCCAAGCCUGACUUCUAGCGCAUGGUUGUAGUAUCUUCUUGCAUUUGCGUUGCUUGUGUAGUUGUGUUGCUGCCCAGAAGAAACAGUCUGGCAAAAAAAAAAAAAAGAAGAAGAAGAAAGAAACAGAAAAAGGAAAGAGAUGAGAGAGCGAGCGUGUCACGAUGAUCCCCGCUAGCUGAUGACGAAAUUUGCCGGUUGCUCUUGUUUCUUGUUAAUGUCGUUGAAGUUCAGAUAUUAGUUCUAAAUUCUAGUUGAUUUA